AUGUCGUUCAAAAAGGACGAAGAGGUCGGGGCCACAGGCUUCUACCAGGAUAAGACCUCGGUCAUUCAGGAAGCUCGUGUCUUUAACGAAACGCCCAUCAGUCCUCGCAAAUGCCGUAUCCUCCUCACAAAGGUCAUCUACCUCCUCUACAUGGGCGAGUCCUUCAGCCGUCAGGAAGCGACCACCCUCUUCUUUGGUGCUACCAAGCUCUUUCAGCACAAGGAUCCCGCUCUCCGACAGAUGGUCUACCUCGCCAUCAAGGAACUCUGUCCAUUUUCCGACGAUGUCAUCAUGGUCACCGCCUCCAUCAUGAAGGACAUGCAGCCCAACGUCGAGGUCAUCUACCGUCCCAACGCUAUCCGCGGCCUCAGCCGCGUCGUCGACCCUUCCAUGGUUCAAGGUCUCGAGCGAUUCUUCAAGUCCGCCAUUGUCGACAAAAACACCUCUAUCAGCUCUGCCGCCCUCGUCUCCGCCUACCAACUCCAGAUCGCCGCUAGAGAUGUGGUUCGUCGCUGGGGUAACGAAGCGCAGGAGGCCAUCAACUCCAAGAGCUCCUCCGGCGUCGCCUUCUCCAGCGGCUUUGCUGGCGCAGGUAGCUAUCUUGGCUUCGGCUCGUCCCAGUCCCAAGCUCAGAGCUCCUACCAGGCCGUCGCCAGCAGCACCUACAUCACCCAGUACCAUGCUCUCGGUUUGCUCUACCUCAUUCGUCAGGGCGACCGCAUGGCCAUCACCAAGCUCGUUCAGCAGCUCGGCGGUGGUCGCGGAGGCGCUUCCAGUGGCCAGGGGAGCGUACUCCGCAGUCCUUACGCCAUCUGCAUGCUUGUCAGGUACGCCGCCAAGGUCGCCGAAGAGGACGCCAACCUUCGCGCUCCCAUGAUGGAACUCCUCGAAGGCUGGCUCCGUCACAAGAGCGACAUGGUCAACUAUGAGGCCGCACGUGUCAUUUGCGAGAUGAAGAACGUCUCGACGCAGGACCUCUACCGACCCAUCGCUGUUCUUCAGCUCUUCCUCUCCUCGCCCAAGUCGACGCUCAAAUUCGCCGCUAUCCGCACGCUUGCCAAGCUCGCCCAGACGCAGCCCGCUGCCGUUCAGACCUGCAACGUCGACAUGGAGAACCUGAUCACCGACACCAACAGAAGCAUCGCCACCUACGCCAUCACCACCUUGCUCAAGACCGGAAACGAAGCCUCCGUCGACCGACUCAUGAAGCAAAUCAGCAGCUUCAUGUCCGAGAUCAGCGACGAGUUCAAGGUCAUCGUGGUCGACGCCAUCCGUAGCCUCUGUCUCAAGUUCCCCUCCAAGCAGACCGUCAUGCUCACCUUCCUCGCCGGCGUCUUGCGCGACGAGGGCGGCUUCGAGUACAAGCGUGCCGUCGUCGAGGCCAUCUUUGACAUGAUCAAGUUCAUCGGCGAAUGCAAGGAAACUGCGCUCGCUCAUCUCUGCGAAUUCAUCGAGGACUGCGAGUUCACCAAACUCAGCGUGCGCAUCCUCCACUUGCUGGGCGUCGAAGGACCCAAAAUGCCCCAGCCUCACAAGUACAUCCGUUACAUUUACAACCGCGUCAUUCUCGAGAAUGCCAUUGUACGAGCGGCUGCUGUCAGCUCGCUCGCUAAAUUCGGUAUUGCCGACAAGUCGCUCAACACCAGAAUCAAGGUGUUGCUCGAGAGAUGUCUCGACGAUGUCGAUGAUGAGGUGCGCGACCGUGCUGCCAUGUACCUUCGCGUUCUGCGCGAGUCGAGGCUUGCCGCCAAGGUCGUCAACGAUGAAUCGAGCUACAAACUUACAGCGCUCGAGUCAGCACUCCAAUCGUACGUCUCGGACCCGUCUUCAUCGACGAGCGGCUUCGACAUCACCCGCAUUCCGCGUAUCACGCGCGAAGAGGCUCGCCAAGAGGCACUCCGAGCCAAGAGCGAAGCCACUGCCAGCGUCGCCAUGGCCGCCGACAACUCGCAGAGCGUACACAUCUCCAACAACGGCGCCUCGACGUCCAAGGCCGCAUCCUCGCUCGACUCGGACACGUUGUACGCCAAGCAACUGGCCGAGGUGCCGCAGUUUGCCGAUUACGGACCGGUGCUCAAGAGCUCGUCCAAACCGGUGGAGCUUACCGAGUCCGAAACCGAGUACGUUGUCAGCGCAGUCAAGCACAUCUUUGCCGAUCAUGUUGUUGUCCAGUACAACAUCACCAACACGUUGCCAGAUACGGUGCUUGAAAACGUCGCUGUGGUUGUCGGUGGUGCGGCAGAAGCUGGGUUGCGCGAAGACUUUAUCGUUACCGUGCCAGCCUUGUCGGCGCAAAACCCGAGCGGAGUGGUCUAUGUUUCGUUUACGCGCGAAGGCGGAGCGACCGACUAUGCGCAGGGCACGCUCUCCAACACGUUGCGUUUCGUCUCGAAGGAAGUCGAUCCAUCUUCCGGCGAACCGGAAGAGGAGGGGUACGACGACGAAUACCAGACCGAAGAGCUCGAACUGGCUGUGUCGGACUACAUUAAGCCUGUGUACGCUAACUUUGGCGAAGAGUGGGACAAAUUGGCUUCGGCACCCGCUGCUAUCGAGACAUUUGCACUGACAGCGCUCGACGGCCUCAAGACGGCGUGCGAUACGCUGAUCGAGUUGUUGGGCAUGAUGCCGCUCGGCGGCACCGAGUCGCCUGCUUCCACAUCGGUGCACACCUUGAAUCUCUCCGGUGCUGUAGCUAGCCCCGGCAAACCGAUCAAGGCCUUGACAAGGUGCAGGAUGACCUUUGCCGCUGGCCAGGGUGUCACCAUGGAGUUGUCCGUCCGAGCCGAAUCAGACGCCGCUUGUCAAUUGGUGAUGAGUGCUAUCGCGUGA